AUGUCAUACACAGCGAUGGAGUUGGUCUGUUGGAAUGUUAGGGGCCUCAACAGCCCGGCGAAGAAAAAAACGCUGAGGGAGUUUGUAGACACGGUGCACGUGGCUAUCAUAUGUAUCCUAGAGUCUAAACUGGAGAGGGUGGAUCAAUUCACAAUUAUGCAAUGCUUAGGGCCAUCUUAUGAUGGUUUCACGUACUUGCCGGCUUCGGAGACUAGGCAUGGAAUUAUUGUUGGAUGGGACUCAUCCAGAGUGCAAUUGUCGAAUGUUGCGAUUGACACAAACUUUCUCACGGGAUUUGUGUCCCCUAGGGAGGGGCCAACGUGGUGGCUUUCGGUGGUAUAUGGACCACAAUCAGAUGUGCAAAAAAUCGCGUUCUUGGAGGAGUUGGUUGAUCGGAGAGCUCUUUGCCCGGGGCCUUGGUUGGUCAUAGGUGACUUUAACCUAAUCCUGCACGCCUCGGACAAGAGUAACAACAGGAUCGAUCGUAGAAUGAUGGGGAUGUUGAAGAGAUUCAUUGAUGACUGCGCUCUCAAAGAGCUGUUUCUCCAUGGAAGGAAGUUCACUUGGAGUAACGAGAGGGAGGUGCCUACCCUGACCAAGAUUGACAGGGCGUUCGUGUCGGUGGAUUGGGAGCUUGACCAUCCAGAGUGCUUGCUCCAGGCCAUGUCUACGUCAGCGUCAGAUCAUUGCCCUCUUUUCCUGGCGCUGGAGGAGCAUCUUCAACCGAGGAGGAGGUUCAGAUUUGAACUAUUCUGGACCAAACUGGACGGGUUUCUCGAGGCGGUGAAGGAGGCCUGGGUGUGUGAUGGGGAAAUAACCAACCCUUUUCAUCGCCUGGACGUGUUGCUGAGGAACGCGGCUAAGUCCCUCACGGCUUGGGGUCAACGGAGAGCGGGAAACAUCAAGCUCCAAAUCGCAUGCGCAAACUUGGUUAUCUUGCGCUUUGAUUGCGCUGUAGAGUCAAGGAGGCUGUCGGAGGGAGAGAGAUGGCUCAGGGCUACGCUCAAGCAGCUGGUGCUCGGCUUGGCAUCUUUGGAAAGAACGACCGCGCGGGGAAGAUCCCGGAUAAGAUGGUUGCAAGAGGGAGACGCUAAUACCACUAUGUUUCACAUGAUUGCAAAUGGUCGGAAGACCAAGAAUUUCAUACCAGCAUUGUCAGUUCAGGGGCAGGUGAUCACAGACCAACUGGGCAAAGAGAAGGCGUUCUUUGAGGAGUACAAGAAUCUGCUUGGGAAGGACAGUGCGAGGGAGCACUCUAUCGACCUGGAGUUUCUGAACUUGACCAGUGUGGACCUUGCCGAUCAGGACUUGGUAUUCCAGGAAGAGGAGAUAUGGGAGGUGAUCAAAGACAUGCCCGCGGAUAGAGCGCCAGGGCCGGAUGGAUUCAUCAGGAUCUUCUUUCAUAAGGCAUGAGAGAUUGUUAAGAAGGAUGUGGUGGCGGCCAUGAACAACCUGUUCUUGAACAAUGGUCAUGGGUUUGGCAAACUGAACCAGGCGCUGAUUGCGCUUAUUCCCAAGUCGCGGGAGGCCUGCAGGGUUAAAGACGUUUAGACCGAUUUGUCUGCUUCACAGCGCGCCAAAAAUUGCCUCCAAGUUGUUGGCUACGAGGUUGAGCAAAUGGAUGCCGGAGCUAGUAAAUAUAAACCAGUCGGCCUUCAUUAGAGGGAGAAGUAUACAUGAUAACUUCUUAUUGGUUAGACAGAUGGCGAGGAGGUUGCACAAGAGGAAGGUCAAAGGGGUGCUUCUCAAGCUCGACAUCACCAGAGCGUUCGACUCGCUGUCUUGGCCCUUUCUUUUUGAAGUGUUGAGAGCUAAGGGGUUCUCGGAGAGGUGGAGAUCUUGGGUGGCAACGUUGCUAUACACGGCUACUUCCAGAGUGCUGGUGAACGGUUGUGCGGGGGAGAAGUUUUCCCAUGCGUGCGGGCUCAGGCAGGGGGACUCGCUCUCGCCGCUUCUGUUUGUGAUUGCAAUGGAAGUGCUCACGGCUAUCAUCUGCAAGGCGCAUGAGGAUCAGGUGCUGGCGAAAAUCAACGGAUGUGGCCCGACGCAGCGGCUUUCGCUGUAUGCCGACGACGUGGUUCUUUUCGUCAAGCCAACGAGAUCGGACCUGGCUUUUGUGAAAGAGGUGCUCAACAUUUUUGGAGAAGCAUCAGGUCUGAGGGUGAACUUUGAGAAAUCUUCAGCGAUCUUGAUCUGAGGGGAAGGGGUGGAUGAGGAACGGUUGCGGGACACUUUGCCUUGGCAAAUCGAGAAGUUUCCGUGCAAAUACUUGGGGUUGCAAUUGAGCAUUAAAGGUCUAAAGAGAUCGGACUGGCAACCCAUCAUUGAUGCAGCUCUACGAAUCCUGCCUGGUUGGCAAAGGGGUAUGGUGACUAGGCUGGGUAGACUUAUUCUGGUCAAUCAGGUCAUGCGAGCGCGUCCAACGCAUCACAUGAUUAUUGUUGAAGCUCCUAAAUGGGCGGUGGAGAAAGUGAACAAAGGAUGCCGGGCCUUCUUCUGGGCCGGAUCUGAGGAGACACAUGGAGGGAAAUGUGUUGUGGCAUGGGACAGGGUGUGCAAACUGAAGAACUUUGGCGGGUUGGGAGUGGUUGACCUGCACAAACAUGGCAUUGCGCUAAUAUUGAGAUGGGAAUGGCUGAAGAGAACUGAUCCAUCGCGGCCAUGGCAGGGGCUGUGCAACAUGGUCGACAAGCAGGCCCAGGAGGCAUUCACGAGCUUGGUCAGCUGGCAGAUCGGCGAUGGAUCACAGACGCUUUUUUGGAAAGAUAGAUGGCUUCAUGGUUACACGGUAAAGGAGAUUGCGCCGCUUCUAGCGAGGAAAGUCAGGACACAGGUGGCCAACAGGAGGUUGGUGAGAGAGGGGCUCUUUAUGCACGAGUGGAUCAAUGACAUUAGGGGAGAGCUGGACACAGAAAGCCUGGCACAAUUCAUUAGAUUAUGGGAGGCUUUGCUGGAGGUUCAGUUGGCACAGGAGGUGGAGGAUAGACCAAUCUGGGCUUGGAACACCUCUGGAACCUACACGGCGGCAUCAGCUUAUAAGAUGAUGUGCGAAGGGGGGAUCAGGUUCUAGUCGGCGGCCGCAAUUUGGAAGUGCUGGGCGCCGCUAGGAUGCAAAAUUUUCAUGUGGCUCGCCAUUCUGCAUAGGCUCUGGACGUCUGACCGUCGCGUGCGGCAUGGGCAGCAAGAUGAGAUAUCUCAUUGCCAUCUUUGCGACCAAGAAGAGGACACAAUUGAGCACAUCCUGAUGCAAUGCGUGUUCGCUAGGCAGGUUUGGCAUCUUUGCUUCAUGGAGACGGAGACCAAUUUGUCGCUCAUGCCCACGGGACAGGAUCCGCUCCAGGAAUGGUGGAAUUAGGCUAGGAAGCGGGUCACAAAAGCGCAGCGCAAGGACUUUGAUGCUAUGGUGAUGCUCGUGUGCUGGUGCAUUUGGAAGCAAAGGAACGAGCGAGUGUUCGGUACGAAUGAUAUUUGUAAUGAGCGAGGUACGUUUGAGGUAAUCAUGAGAGAGCGACACCUUUGGGCGAUCGCUAGAAGGGGUGGAGUCCAACUGAAUCGCGAGUAGUCAGAUAGGCGGUGUGGAGUAGGGGUGGGUAGGCUCGCCGUGUGUGAGGCCUGCGAUUGUAAAUAAACUCUUGUAAAUAUCUCUCUGCCGUCUAUAAAGCUAAGGUACGCCAUUGGCGUACUCUCGAAAAAAAAAUUCAUUGGUUUUGAAGUCGGAAGAAGCAUAACAUGAUGUCGUAAACAUGGCGUUGGGCAUUCAUUGUCCAGUUCCCUUCAAAAAAGAAGAGAUGGCUAUAGAGAGUGGCUCCAUCACUAAAAAGAUGACAACCGUUGUGCAAGGCAUUGAUUGUUCAGCUCCUUCAAAAAAUGAAGGAAUUGUAGUGCAUCUGACCUAUAAAGGGGUUGUGAAGGACAAAAUGUUAUGGAUCUAGAGGAGUGGGAGGGGAGAGUUUACCAAACGUAUCAAGGACAAAAGCAUGACCUAGAGUUUACCAAAUGUAUCAAGGAUAAAAGCAUGACCU